AUGAAACUAUUACCAAUUGAAGAAAAAGAAAAUUGCCCUAAUAAAAUAGAACCUUACAAACGAAAAGGCAAAGGGAUUGGAAAAAAAACGAAAACAUCCUAUUUGGAAACAAAAGAAGAAGUAAUCUUCAAAAAAAAUAUAGAAAACAAUGAGACUAAAGGAAAAGCUAUCGAGGAUAUUACUAAAAAAUCUGAAACAGAAGACAAGGGCAAUAAUGAUAACAAUAAAGAAUGGAAAGAAGUAUACCAUAACAACUCAGAACAAUCAAAAUGCGGAAAUACAAGUCAGAAAGAUUACGAUUACGUUAACGUUACGGCUUACAAAAAUUAUGAUAAUAAUAUGGGAGAGCAGAAUUACAACAGUAUCGCGGACAUGGAAAACUACAAUAGUAACUUACAAGGAUUAGAGUGCAAAGUUUCUAAUGAUAUGGACAUAAACAGUCUGCCAUUCUCUUUUUUGACAGCUUAUGUGAAGAGGUUACAAUCAGUACUGGAACAACUGUUGAUGAUAAUACUAUUAAGGAGAAUAAAGUAA